AGCCUCGUCCUGGUUUCGGACUGAGCACCCACCAGCCGCCGAGCCCCGCGCCCCCAGCUGUGAUCCUGUUGGAAUCCCUCGGCAUCGCCAACAGCUGCCCUUGUCCUGACAUCUUUUCCAAAGUUGCCGAGAGUUGCAGAGGGAACUGCUCUUCCGUCCUUUUAAAGCGCCCGUGGAUUUAGGGUUUUGUGACCCCCACCACCCGCAUUCGUCGCUCCCCAGCCGCCCCCGCCCGAUCAUGGUGGUGUUCAAGAAGAUCAAGUCUUUCGAGGUGGUCUUCACCGACCCCGAGAAGGUGUACUGCAGCGGGGAGAAGGUGGCCGGCCGGGUGACGGUGGAGGUGUGUGAGGUGACGCGGGUCAAGGCCGUGCGGGUGCUGGCCUGCGGGGUGGCCAAGGUGCUGUGGCUGCACGGGUCCCAGCAGUGUAAGUGUAACAAGAAACCUAAUGGGUAUCGCCUUUCUCUCCCUGCAGGUGAGAAUGAGAUGGUUAUCAUGAGACCUGGAAACAAAUAUGAGUACAAGUUUGGCUUUGAGCUUCCUCAGGGGCCUCUGGGAACAUCCUUCAAAGGAAAAUACGGGCAUGUAGACUACUGGGUAAAGGCUUUCCUUGAUCGCCCCAGCCAGCCAACGCAAGAAACAAAGAAAAGCUUUGAAGUGGUGGAUCUAGUGGAUAUCAAUACCCCUGAUCUGAUGGCUCCCGUGUCUGCUAAAAAGGAGAAGAAAGUGUCCUGCAUGUUCAUUCCUGAUGGGCGGGUGUCUGUCUCUGCCCGAAUCGACAGAAAAGGAUUUUGUGAAGGUGACGAGAUUUCCAUCCAUGCCGACUUUGAAAACACAUGCUCCCGAAUCGUGGUUCCCAAAGCUGCCAUCGUGGCCCGCCACACUUACCUGGCCAACGGCCAGACCAAGGUGCUGACGCAGAAGCUGUCGUCUGUCAGGGGCAAUCACAUCAUCUCGGGAACCUGCGCAUCAUGGCGUGGCAAGAGCCUCCGGGUGCAGAAGAUCAGGCCUUCCAUCUUGGGCUGCAACAUCCUCCGCGUUGAAUAUUUCCUGCUGAUCUACGUUAGCGUUCCUGGCUCCAAGAAGGUCAUUCUGGACCUACCCCUGGUGAUUGGCAGCAGGUCGGGUCUGAGCAGCCGCACGUCCAGCAUGGCCAGCCAGACCAGCUCCGAGAUGAGUUGGGUAGAUCUCAACCUCCCUGAUACCCCAGAAGCUCCUCCUUGCUAUAUGGAUAUCAUUCCUGAAGACCACAGGCUGGAGAGCCCCACCACUCCUCUGCUUGACGACACAGAUGGCUCUCAAGACAGCCCUAUUUUUAUGUAUGCACCUGAGUUCAAGUUCAUCCCACCACCCACCUACACGGAGGUGGACCCCUGCAUCCUCAACAACAAUGUGCAGUGAGCAUGUGGCAGAGAAGAAGCAGCUGUAUCUACUUGUUUCUUUCCGCCUCUUCCUGGACUCUUCCUUUUUCAGAGACUCAACAGUCUCUACAGUGGGGGUGGUCCACCCCAACCUCUGACUCCCCAGCGUAGGAGGUGACCAGCAGGCAGUCUAGUCUCCUGGGCCUUAAAGGAUGCACACCCAUCCUCAGCCAGCCAAGAUGUUGUGAUGUCGGGGUGUUUGCUAGAUGGGUUUAAAACCAUAGGCCCAUCCCAUUUUCUGAGAUCGCCUUGAAAAUUGAGGCAUAUUGAGUAGUUUUGAAUGGCCUCCUGGCAUGGUCUUCCCAAGAUUUUUUUACAGGGGAAUAUAUACAUAGAUCGCUAUAAUGAUACCAGAUCAUGAACAUCUGUAUCAUGUGGAGCAGAAUCCAUGUAGCAAACUGGGAAAAUGGAAAGGGGGGGAAAAUCCUCUUCAAAACUUUGGGAAAAGGAGGUUCUUAAAACCAUCCUUGCCCUUUGUAAACUUACAGACAAAAAUAAAAGCUCUCCAGAGCUGCUUGGGUCUGGACUGGGGAGAGCUGUGUGAACCAAAGGGAAGAAGCUCUAAGGUGGUCUUUGCUUAGAAUGUAUUCCACCUGGCAGAAAGCAUUAAUAGCGACGCCCCACCGAAGGUCUUCUAAGCCAUUCUCAGAGCCUAUUGCACUGUGUUCUGUUGCAAACGUCUUUAUAUGGGAGAACGUGUUUUUCCUUUCAUGUGACUCCUCGGGAUUGAUUCUGAGGUGAUGUGUUUAGCACUUUAGUUCCUGUCAUGUUACUCUUUUCUAUCUCAAAACGUAAGCUGAAACUGGUCUACUACGUCUCUAGAUAUAAGCACAAGGACAAAGAAGUUGCUCGUGACUGUUGAGACUUUGUCCCAGUGUACAGAAUUCUGUAAUUCUGACACUCCAGCUGUCUGAGAGGGAUUGCUGCCUCCAGCCUUGCCCACGGUGACCUCUCCUCACCAAGCAGAGGCUAGAUGGGGAUGCCCAGCCCUGAUCAGAGCCUCCGGACGUUGACAUGAGAAACCCGAGGGGCAGAUCUCCACAAAAGCCCCGGGCUCCCCUCUCCAGGGUUGGGCGGCGGGGGAUGCUGACAGCCCCUCUCACUGCAGCCUUUAGCACUUUGUUCCCCCAUCCCCUGUCAGAGCACUGAGCUCCGCCCUUUUCUGAGAAAGCACGUGGACUGAAGGUGGUUUAAUGUUUUUUUAAUUGUGUAUCUUUUUGUAUGAUUAAAAAAACUAUAUUUUGUACUUAACCAGAUAUAUUUUCACCCCAUGUAGGGGAUAUUCUUUGUAAAAAAUAAAUAAAGUUUUUUAAUGGCAAAAA